GUCAGUUGCACGGCUGCCCGAAGAGGCCGUCAGGUGGGAACGAAUCAGGAAGUCCAGGCCCAGGCCAGUCCGGGUGCCCCCGCCACGUGCUCCAUCUCCUCAAUCCUGCCUUACCUGUUCCUGGUCUCAUUAGUCACAGCUGCAGUCACUCAGCCCAUCAUCAUCCAUGCUGUUCUUCACUCAACAGUGGAACAUUGUGGAUUAUUGUGCCACAUCCGGUGCUCCCUCUGCCUCCUCGUGCCUCCUUUCUCCAGUUCUAAUCAUGUGACUGCAGACUUAAUCCUGACAUGUUCAGCAGCUUUGGUUCUGUGGACCGGGUCAGCCGGACUCACGGGCUGACCUUUUGAAGUGGAGGAGGAGGAGGAUGAGGAGGAGGCAGUCAUCUUCCUCCUGGUGAACUCAUGUGAUCRGUGUUUCAGCCUUCAGAGGGAAAACUGCCUGCAGGCUGCUCAACGACAGAAUCGUCGCACAUCGACCCUCAGCAUGCUGGGCGGCGCCGCAGGCAGGAAACUGGAUCUGUCCCAGCUGACAGACGACGAGGCCAGACACGUGUGGGACGUGGUCCAGAGAGACUUCCACCUGAGGAGGAUGGAGGAGGACAGACUCGGAGAGCUAAAAACUAGGAUUGAGAGAGAAGACACGAAGAGAGAGCUGCUGGGGAACCAACGCAGCCUGACGGAGUUUUACUGCAUCCGUUGUCUGCAGCCCUUCAGGCUCCUGGUCGGCAUCAAACAUCAGUGUUUGGACUGUCGGCUUCACGUCUGCAGGUCCUGCUGCCGCUACAGCAGAAAGGAGCAAGGCUGGCUGUGUGAUCCCUGCCACAUGACCAGGGUUCUCCGGAUCGGGACGUUGGAGUGGUACCACGAGAACGUCCGCGCUCGCUUCAAGCGCUUCGGCAGCGCCAAGGUGAUGAGGUCGCUGUUCAGGAGGCUGAACGGAGAACGCAGCUGCUCUCGGGGUGACCUCGGAGGAGGAUUUGAGGAGCUCAGUUUGGACUCAGACUCACAUCAUUUUAAAGAGAUGAAAAAGACCAGAAGGCGUUUAACUGUUGAUCCGUUGGAGUUUACGCUCGGCUGUGAACUCUCCAACAGACGGCCCGAGGCCCAGGCCUCAGGCACUCAUGAUGUCAUGGAUGGAGGUCAAAGGUCAUCGAGGAUUGCUGAGGCAGCUGUUUUUCACCAGAUGGUCCAGGAAGAGUCCAGAGACCUGGACGUGGAUCUGGAUCUGGACCUGYACRUGACUCCACAACAUGAGGACCUUGUGUUUGUGGAGAACCGGACCGUCCCGUCUCGCUCCGCCUCCCGGCUCAGCUACUUCUCCUGUGGUGCUGGAGGUCCCAGGGAAGGCAGCAGCUACCUGCCCGGCCUCGAUGACUCGGAUCCAGAGGACGAUCCCUACCAGCGGUACCCGGUCUAUCCUCUCCACCCGGGUCCCUGCAGCCACACGUCUCAGGAGGGUCUGGACUCACCGAGCCCAACGCCUCAGAUCACUGACCUGAACAGACGGAUGUCGGCGGUCGAGACUCUCCUAAAUCACUUAGAGCUGAAGGUCACCACAACAGACAACCAGAACUGGGCUCCGAGCCCACAGAGCCCAGCUGCUCCUCCUCCUCAGUGGGAGGAAGUGGACAUCGAAGAGCAGCAGCUCCGACAGAAACUGGACCAGCUGACAGACAACAUCAGCGACAAAAGUUCUGAUGAAGACGAGUCCAGCGGUCCACAGUCCUCCGAGGAGGUCCCAGCWCAGAGAAGCCCUCAGGUGGACCUCAGACUGUCCAGAAUCCCCACCAGACCCACAUCCAGAUCCCCUCAGGAGCAGCGCCCCCUGCAGGAGGCAUCGAUGAACAUCAGAGGCUCCACAGCUUUACUCGUGGAGCUGGAAGACAAAGUGGCUCAGGCUGCAGCCGACGUCCAGAACGUCCAGAGUCAGGUUUCUUACAUCGAGAACCGGAUCGCCGCUCUGAACACAGCCGAAGCACCGCUGGAGAAACGAAGACGAUCAGCGAUCCCGAUCCAAGCCAGACGACUUUCCCACAACUUUCCCACAAGUGGACUCGUUUGUCAGGAGCUCUGUCUGCAGGGGCUCCCUGACCCAAAGGACCCCCGUGGCAAAGCCCCAAACCCGGGCUACCUGUGCGAAACCGAUGAUGACUCCGGUCUGAUGAAGAGGAGGCUGAGCGCCGUCGAUUGAUCAGGACCAAUCAGAGAACAGAUUAGAUUUGAAUGAUUUCAUGUAUUUACUCAGAUUUAUCAAGUCUUUUAUUCUAAUGAUUUAUUUAUAUUUUAAUUGUAAUGAUUUAUUUACGUCUUAAUCCUAACUAAUGAUUUAUCUGUUUCUAAUCCUAGCCUGGUCAAUAAUCUGAUGUUUAAUCUGCUGCUGCUCCUCUGGGGUGUAAAAGUUUUCAGCUGGUCUUUGGAUCACAGGAAGUUAUUUUCAACACCUGGUUCCAACCAGAACCAGACUCAGAUCCAGGAACUGGUCCGUGUGAGGCUCCUCAGGUCCCACUGGAUCCAYUCAGCUGAGCUCUGCGUUUUUCACAGAUUAGUGAUGUUUCCUGAUCAGAUUACAACCAGCAGCUGAUAAAAGCUGUUUGAUUCACUCAGGAAACAACAAGUGUUGAUCAGUUUUAA